GCUUGCUUUUGAGGUUCCGACGACGACGACAACCUUUUUUGAAAUGCGCCUUUCCACAAGACUAGGCACGGCGCUCGUCGGAGCAGGACUAGCUCUCCUUCAAGGGGUGCGCGGUGGUUUUGAGGACACCCUACCCGUCAUGAUGCUAUGUACCCAGGACACUGCCCCCUGCGUCAGGGCUCAGCAACUGCAUGGGUCAUCGCAAGCCUCUGGUGUUCGCCUUACGACGCCAGAGAACAUCGUCUCGUACACUGCAAAAGACAAGAGCAUUUGCGGUCUUGACGGUAUCUUCAUGUUCGAGAUUGGCGGGGUGCGUAGUUCUGUCCCAUUAGCUAGCUUCAGAUUCGCAGUCCCGCUGACUAUGCGACUCGUGCGCAAAACAGCUCACGUCGAGCAGCAUGAAGGCUCUCCCUUCUAACUCAUCAUUGAAACGUCGCACGCUUGAAGCACCCUCGCAAAUGGCCUUUCAGCACGUUUCAAAGUCGCAUGGUGACUUUGCCAGCGAGCUGCGCCACCAUGUCCUUCGUAUGUGCUCCUCGGCGCGGCGUGGAGCGUGGACCUCGACGUCGAAUGCGGACCUCGCUUCGCUGCAGACAGGGCAGAAGACAUUCCUUUCCUACAAAGCCGAUCUGCUUCACCUCGAGGCUCUGUUCAACCACGACCUCGAGGCGUUCAUGCGCACACACCCGAAUUCUCUCGUCUUCGUCUCGUCUGACCUCUCAUCGCCCCAAUCACGCAGCUGGACGAGAAGGGCACUCGAAGAGGCCGCCAAGGACGAUGGAACGGGCGCCGUUGUGGACGACAAGCUGGGUCUCUUCCAUCGGUAUCAGUUCUUCUCGACUGGCCUCCUCGUGGGCAUCCUCGUCGUUGCCUUCCUUUUGACGCCAAUCGCGUUCUACGCCACGCAGCUUCUCUCGAGCAUCGAGACGCCUGAUCAGCUUGGCCAAAAAGCCAGGCCAUCAGCGGCCAAGAAGAACCAGUAAAAGAGAAGGACAGUCCGAUGAGGGCAGGCAGAAGAGCAAUGUGGUAUUUGUUCAAGCAUUGUGCACAGCAGAGUUGCGAUAGUCUAUGCCCACUCAACGUCGAUGAUGUCUGAAAGAAGCCAGCCAAGAGGUGAUGGAUGUGACAGUCUCUUGAGCAUCUAAUG